AUCUGCAGUCUCUGAUGUUUCCGGUAAGGGGCCGAAACGAAACUCACCGCACCCUCCGGAUCCUCGUCGUCCUUUACCGGGACAUUCCGUUCACCGAGACUGGCUUAAAACUCACCACGGGUUUCGGAAACUCCUUUCCCAUCAUAUGAGAGAGACAGUGAUCGCUGACAGACGCUUUAAACCUCAGCAAACACACAGACUGAUGCUAGCAAGCUAACAGCAUCCUCUCGCGCGGGCUGAGAAAUCAAAACAAUGUGUUUUUUUAUUACUUGUAGUUCAUUUAUACGAAGUUAAUGUGCUUUUCGCUCAGUUUAAAAGAAUGUCAUGUGUGUUUAAGCGGCAGUAGCUCAUGCUGAUUAUACGUUUACAGGUGAUUUUGUAAUAUACCUGUAUAAUACAAGUUAAAUUAGCGUGAAGUGAAUGUCUGAGUUGUGCACGUUCAUGCACCUAGUUUUAUUAUAAAUUAGUUUUUUUCAUAAUUAUGAUCAGAUUUGGAUAGGAAACAGGUUUUUUUCUCCUGACCAGGUAAUCUGGGAACUUGAUCAGCUCGAUGACAAGCUGUACAUUAGAGUCAUUAUUGAGUAAAGCUCAGUCUGGGCUCGCCUUUUACUGUCCCAGAGAUUGAAGGGUUUUCCACACGUCAGUCAUGGCUCCUAAAAAGAGACCAGAUCCCAUAGUUAUAACUGGAUCCGGAGAAGGACAGACAACCUCUACAUCCAUAGAUGCCGUGUCAGAAGCGAAUCUUGAGGCUCUGCAGAAGAAGUUGGAAGAGCUGGAUUUAGACGAGCAACAGAAGAAGCGUCUGGAAGCUUUUCUCACGCAGAAAGCCAAUCUGGGCGAACUGAAAGAUGAUGAUUUCCAGCAUAUCUGUGAACUGGGAGCUGGAAAUGGAGGUGUGGUCAAUAAAGUGUGCCACAAACCCUCUGGUCUCGUAAUGGCCCGCAAGUUAAUUCAUCUGGAGAUCAAGCCUGCCAUCCGGCACCAGAUCAUCCGGGAGCUUCAGGUCCUGCACGAGUGCAACUCUCCCUACAUCGUGGGUUUCUACGGCGCCUUUUACAGCGACGGGGAGAUUAGCAUCUGCAUGGAGAACAUGGACGGAGGAUCUUUGGAUCAGGUUCUGAAAGAUGCUCGAAGAAUUCCCGAGGAGAUCUUGGGAAAAGUCAGCAUAGCCGUUUUAAGAGGUCUCGCUUACCUUCGAGAAAAACACCAGAUUAUUCACAGAGAUGUGAAACCUUCAAAUAUUCUGGUGAAUUCUCGUGGCGAGAUCAAACUGUGUGACUUCGGUGUGAGCGGGCAGCUCAUCGACUCCAUGGCCAACUCUUUUGUAGGAACGCGCUCGUACAUGUCGCCGGAGAGGUUGCAGGGCACUCAUUACUCGGUGCAGUCGGAUGUGUGGAGCAUGGGUCUGUCUCUGGUGGAGCUGGCCAUCGGCCGCUAUCCCAUCCCUCCUCCCGAAGCCAGGGAGCUGGAGGGCGUGUUCGGCAGAGCGAUGAUGGACGUGGGCGACCCGGAGACUCCUCGACCCAGACCCCCGGGCAGACCCGUCAGCGGUCCUGUCAUGGCUAUAUUUGAGCUGCUGGAUUAUAUAGUCAAUGAGCCGCCCCCUAAACUGCCGCAUGGCGUCUUCACGCCUGACUUCCAGGACUUUGUGACCAAAUGUCUCAUUAAAAACCCUGCGGACAGAGCGGACCUGAAGAUGCUGAUGAACCACACGUUUAUCAAGCGCUCCGAGGUGGAGGUGGUGGACUUCGCUGGGUGGCUGUGUAAAACUAUCGGGCUCAAUCAACCCAGCACACCCACACAAUCAGCCGAAUGACACACACACACACACACACCAACGUUUACAGUGCAUCUGAUGGAACACCGGCAAAGCUGCUGCUUUCAAACUUUCAUACACACGCGAAUCUCAUGAAACACGUCACGGUCAAAACCAAGAAAUAAGAGAUUUUGCUGAAAGAAAAUGAAGCCUGUUUUUAGGAUUAUUUUGUCAGAUUGCUUAUUUUGUGCAAAAUUCAGCGCAAUCUUAUUUAGAAUAAAUACAAAUGUCAUUUACGUCUUUGAGUUUGUCAAGAGAUUUAAAACACCGUUUUUGACGAGAUCGCAUGUGUGAACGAGCUCUAGUGCCGAUGAUUCAAUCUGGAAAUAAAGCAAAAUAACUGAGAAAAUUAAGAUAAAAACAUCUAGUGUUAAUUCAAUCUCUUACAGAUUCAUUAAAAGUGGUUAUUACUCCACACCUGCGUGAGGUCAUUAGCCAACGUGGUUGAACGACCAAUUUUCAGGAAACUGGAUUUCUUCAACGAUGCAUCACGCUAUUGUAGUGAAGUAUCACACACCCCUGAUUACUUCCUGUUUCUGAAG